CCGCAGUGCAGCGGAGCUUCUUGUAAUAGAAUCGCUUCUUCGUGACCUGUUUGUUCCACGGACAACAUCCGAAAGGAAAGACCAACUUCAGCCCACUGCACUGGACCCGCUUCCGUCCCCAAUUGCAUCCGUGUCAGAAUAAAUCACAUCCCAAAAAAAAAAAAAAGGAAAAAGAAGAAAUGCCUGCUGAAGCUGUCGCCGCUGCCCCCACGCCGCUUAGCGAGACCGACUCGAACCGCGUCGGGGCUCCCAGCAGCGCCAAGCCCGCUGGGAAGCCGCCAGCCUCCAGGUCCCGCAAGCGCAAGUCAGACGCCGCCAAUGGUGACGCCGGCGCCGCUGCCACCGCCACCGCCACCGCGGAACCGGCUCCCAAAAAAAAUAAGGCGACCAAGAAGGUCGACGACCUGGGCCCACUCCCGGACCUCUCUGGCAUCCACCUCAACGGCGACGAGGACAUGAGCGUCCCCAUCUUUGACACCUGCGACGACGUGCGCACCAAGAUCCGCCGCCAGCUCCGCCGGGACGGCGUCACCAAGGCCGCCUUCUUGCGCGCUCUCGUCAAGGCCGCUUACCCCCCCGGCUCGACGCACAAGAUCGCGCCGAACCUGCUCGACAACUUCCUGAGAAGGGAGGGCCCGGUCGCCGGCAACACGAGCAGCGUCUUCUACGCCGCUUAUGUCUUCUUCGAAAAGCUGCGCAUCAGGGACGGGAGGCCCAAGACCCAGAAGAGGGAGGAUAUGGAAAUCCAGUGGCCAGUCGGCUUCGAGACCCGCGAGCAGCUGGACCGCUGCUCAUACAUCGUGGGCGCCGGCUCGGAGGUAGCGUUAAACAGGUUCGGCAGGGCUGUUAGCUUCCGCCCGCGAGGCGGUGGCUUCUUUUGACAUUUGGAUGUUUCCGCCGCCUGCUUUGGUUUGAAUUGUCGCCAAUUAACGGGGUUUCAGUUUUCCGUUUUUUCACUUGUAGCUUGUAGCUAGUCUAGCUUAAAUUGAAUAAUCAACAUGUAGGCAUAGUCCCAGGUU